AAUGGAUAUACAACCUCUCUACUGAAUGAUUUUCAUCUCACUGGGUUUAUUUUAUCGUAAGAUAGAUAUAUAACAAUAAUCGUAGCUUUCCCUUGUCACAAUUUUAUAUCGCUUUCUGUACGGUAUAAAAAGUACAUUAGAUUAAUGAUGAGCGAUAGUAAGAAGGUAGGUGAAAAUACCAGUAGUGAGGUUGUUAACCAAUUUCGAAGCUGUAGGGAUCUGAGCGACAUUGUGCCUCUAUAUACACCACGCGCGCUGUACUUAAAACCAGUUGCAAAGAUAAAUGUUUCUGUUAACCUUCCUCAACUGAAAGUUCCAGGAAAAACAAUAUCAACAUGGGAAGUAAUGGAGAAGAUACGUGCCCUUAUAUUACCGGACGAGUUUGCAUCUCUGAAGGUAGCCAAGAGUACAUUGGAAUUUAUCAGAUUGGAAGGAGACUUGCAAGACAGAUGCAGAUUGCAGCGUGUACUUGCAAGACUGGACUCCCAGCGUUUGAACUUGUCUGGAUUUCCCAAUGUAUUAAAAGUCCGUGCAGCAGAAGCAAAGGAUGAUUUUCCUACAAGGCAUAGUUGGGACUCUUACUUCAGAGAUGCCAAACAUAUGAACGAAUUAAAGCCUGGAGAAAGGCCUGACACUAUACACAUAACAGGGUUUCCUGUUAAAUGGUUUACCGAAGAUGGUGCAAUUAUGCCUAGUGAAUCCUUGAUGAAUAAAAUUUUUAAGAAAUGGGGCAUACUUAGAAGAAUCGAUGUACCUGCUGCCGAUCCUUAUAGAUCUAGAAUGCGUCUUGGCACAAACAUAAAUAAAUUUAGUUACGAAGAUGGCAUAUUUUUUGAUGCAUAUAUUCAGUAUGUUGAAUAUAUGGAUUUUGUUAGAGCCAUGGAUGCAUUGCGUGGUAUGAAGCUUCUUAAAAAAGAAGGAGAAAAAGCAUUCACAGCUGCUAUUAAGAUCACAUUUGAUAAAACGAAACACAUGAGUGAUAGUUCUGUUGCACAUAGAGAGUUUGAAAGAAAACGCCUUAUAGCACAGGAUACAUUAGCAGCCGAACGACUUCGUAGGAAAGAAGAAGCUGAAGAGAAACGUCGCGAAGAAUUAAAGAAGAAAGAAGAAGCUGAUACAAUAGCUAAAGAAAACAGACGGAAAAAACGAGAAGAAAAACGCAAGCGUAAAGCUAUAACUAUAUUUCGGAAGAAGGAAGAAGAUAAAGUGUCUAUGAAAAUUGCGAGAGAAGGACAAAAAUUAAUAAAAGCACAAAGGCAGCUCGAAAGUAUUCGUUUAUUAGAUGAAUUAUUCGACAGGAUAAAGAUAAAAGUGGAAAACAAUGAAAUUAAAUUAGACGAAGUAACAAACGCGGAUACGAAAAGAGAAGAGAAAAAGAGUAAUAAAGCAGAUGGUGCUAUCGAGAUAUUGAGUUCAGGAGAAGAUUUGAAGGAUGGAAAAAAGGACAAGAAAAUAAAAAAGUCGAAGAAGAAGAAAGCUAGGAAAGAAAAAAAGAAAAAGAAGAAACGUAAAAAAGGUAAGGACUCUGAAAAUUCAGCUACAGUGAGCGAAGAAUCAAGUGCAGAAGAUCAAACGAAAAAAUUGAAAAGUGUUUUAAAACAAAAUGUUACGUAUCCAUCAUCGUCAACAGCACCUCCACCAUUGGAAUCUCUUUCUUAUCCGACUCUUUAUCCACGUUUUCCGCAACCAUGGUAUUACGAUGCAGCUCUGCCCAUGAUUUACCCCAGUUUACCAAGAGGUAUGCCUAGGGGUAGUCGUUUUCUACGAGGAAGGGCUAGAGGAUUUUCGUGGCGCAAUGCUGGAAAUCCUCGCGCAUUGCACACAUUCAACCCUCAUUUGUAUAACGAGCAGUACUACAAGUACUUUGCUCAUUUAGUAGGUCAGGAUUAUCAUUCUUUCGACUACAGAAGCUCACGGUCACGUAGUCGCAAGGGGUCGUUCAGCAGCUCUAGAUCAAGAUCGAGAUCAAGAUCAAGGUCAAGGUCGAGAUCGAGAUCGAGGUCAAGAUCUAGGUCGAGGACGAGAUCGAGAUCGAGAUCGAGGUCCAGAUCCCGUUCAAAAUCGAAAUCUAAAUCGCGAGGUAAGUCGAGAUCGAACUCGCGAUCCAGAUCAAAAUUAAGAACCGGAUCGAGAUCCCGAAGUAGGAGACGAAGCAAGAGUAGAUCUCGUUCGAGGAAACGACGAGCAAGAUCAAAAUCGAGAUCAAAAUCGAGAUCAAAAUCGAGAUCAAAAUCGAGAUCAAAAUCGAGAUCGAAAUCUGCGACAAGGGGAAGGUCUCGAUCUCGACGAUCGAGGUCGAAGAAGAAAUCUCGUUCAAAGAGUCGUUCCAACUCGUGGAACAAUAGCAAACAGCGCUACAGACGCAGGAGAGAAAGAUCAAUAUCAAAGGUAAAAAUCACGAGGGCUAAAUCUCGCAGCAUGUCGCCUAAGAGGAGAUCCCGUAGCAGUACCUGGUCGAUGCCUAAGUCUCCUGGCAGAAGAAGCUGCUCUUGGUCGAAAGGUGCAGACGUUUUAAACAAUAAAACGGAUACCGCCAAGUUGGCACACGUACCAGAACAAAGGACUGUAAACAAAGAAGCGCCACAAACUUCUCAUUUGGAGAAUAUAACUUCCGACUGACAAGAACCGAAGACCCAUCUACCACUUUGUGUCUUCGAUACCGUUGUAUAAAAGAAGCGUACUGUUAACGCCCUGUACAAAAUCUGUAUGAAAUCCGUAAUCGUGUAACCGUAAUUGUGUAUAUUCGCGUUUGUAGUAUUUCUUUGAUAAAAGAAGAUAUAUAUUUUUAUUUACAUACUAACUCUUCCUAAUCUUACAUAAUUCCAUAUAGUAAUCUAUAGGAACGAAGAUAUGUAAGUGUAUCACUUGUACGCGCAAAAUAUCACCAAUGUUCGAAUCCUAUGGAUGUUUGAACUCUGAUCGUGUAUCGUACAUAUGUUGUGAAUGAUACAGUUGAAAAAUGGUAGAGUAUUGCAUUUCUAUCUCGAGAUGAAAAAUAAACAUGUGACAUCGACGCAUUGAACAUUUGUUAAAUCAUCCCAAGUGCUG